UAAAAACUGAAAAUCACACAAAAUUUAACAUGGCUGCAUGAAAUUUUAGUGACAACUUAAUAGCUCAUGUUAUCAAUACAUUUUACUUAAAACAAAUGAAUAUGUGCUUUUGUGAAUCACUCACCGAAAUACUUGGCGUACAUGUACUCGGCGCAUAUAACUCGGUACCAGCUACUGUUUACAAAUCUGCAACACCAGUAGCACUAUCAGCAGUGAGAAAAGAAAUCGUCAUCAUUUAGAUUGGACAUUCCAGUUGAUUGUGAUAUUCGCUGGACGAUGUCGGUGGAAAUAUGAUUGUUUUGUAAGACAAAUAUUAGCCGACAAUGAACGCAAAAACAAAAUACUCCACUAAAGUACAACAUUAAUUUGGUUUACAACAGCUAAGACCACCCAUCCAUCCUACCACCCACCCAUCUACACUUCGGCCUCAUCUAUAUAUCAAUUACAACCUUUUUGAACCAACAUGUCCAGUGUAAAUACGCAACGUCAAGGCCGAUGGUAUUUUGGUGGUAUUGCCAGUGCUGGUGCGGCCUGUUGUACACAUCCUUUGGAUUUAAUUAAGGUAACGCUGCAAACACAACAAGGAAAAUUGUCUGUGCUACAAAUAACGGCGAAAGUAGUACGAGAGCAAGGCGUGCUGGCACUUUACAAUGGCCUGUCUGCUUCCGUCCUUCGUCAAAUGACGUACUCAAUGACACGUUUCGGCAUUUAUGAGGCAGGGAAGAAACAAAUCAAUACCGAUACAUUCCUUGGCAAAAUCACCUUAGCUGGGUUAGCUGGCACCGCAGGCGGUAUUGUUGGCACACCAGCUGAUAUGGUGAAUGUACGCAUGCAAAAUGAUGUCAAAUUACCGCCCGAACAGCGCAGAAACUACAAAAAUGCUUUCGAUGGUUUAAUUAAAGUUUUUCGACAAGAAGGUUUUACGCGUCUGUUUUCUGGCGCUACUACUGCCACCGGCAGAGGGGUGCUUAUGACAAUUGGUCAAAUAGCAUUUUAUGAUCAAAUCAAAACAACACUGCUUUCCACACCAUACUUCAAGGAUGACUUAGUAACACAUUUUUCUGCCUCUCUGGCUGCUGGUGCAAUUGCGACAACUUUGACACAACCAUUGGAUGUGCUCAAGACACGUUCGAUGAACGCUAAGCCUGGUGAAUUCAACGGUCUGUGGGACAUUGUCAAAUUUACAGCACGUCUGGGACCACUCGGAUUCUUCAAGGGCUAUAUACCGGCCUUUGUACGUUUGGGGCCGCACACCAUACUCACAUUUGUAUUGCUGGAGCAACUACGUUUGAAUUUUGGCAUUUUACCAAAAGUAGAGACUUCUGUAAUCGUUGCACAAUAAACAGGCGUACGGGACAAAACACAAAUUCACAUGCAUACUUAUAUAACGCAGCUACUAAGCACAAACAAAAACGUGACUCAACAUACUAUAUGAUACAAAUUAAAUCUAAAAACGCUUUUGAUGUUUAGCGCACUGUAUGUGUUUUCUAGAACUAUUUUAUGUCGUACAAAAUGCAAUAAGUAUCAGUCAGCUCAUGGCCAUUGGACACACUUAUAUUCGUUUGUUUUAAAUAUGAAAAUGUAAGCACAUUUAGAACAAAUUGUGGUUUAUUGCAUCCUUAAAGAAUUAUUUAGAAACUUUUACAAAUUCCAUCGAAACAAUGAUAUGUACAUAUGUGUCUAUGAAGUUUACGUACAUAUAAGUACUUGUAUAUAUAUAAAGUGGAAAUACAUACACAUACAUAAAUGAUAUAUAUGUAUGUACAUAUUGUAUUGUUUCCCCUUUUGUUAAGUCAUAAAAUGAAAAUAUGUCUUGUAUACUCAUUACAAAUGUAAAAUUAUUUCCAUUCAUUUUCGUUCUUCUGCGUUGAUAACGGAACGUUGUGUUAUGUUCAGGAUGCAAUUCACCGUUGUUAUACAUAUUUUAUUUAUAUAAUGAUUCGCAUUAAAUGCAAGGCUAUCAAUAACUGACAUUCCUAUUCAAAUAAAUACUAUUGUAUUUGCAAAUAUGUAAUAUGUAAAUGUAUGGCAUUAGUAUAUAAUAAAUAGUUUAGCUAAAUAGUUACUAAAACGCUUGCUCUAUAACACAAGGCAUUGCCUUCGCGUUCAAAUUGUUAUUAUGUUUUCAUGACGCAAGAAAUAAUGAAUGUACAUAUAUUUCAACAAUUUUGUUAAAUAUACACGCUAGUCUUUGUUUAUUUCUAUUAAAUUUGUUCCCAAAUUAAAUUUGUUUUGAUCUAAUUUAUUUACCAUAUCUUUUUGCAAAACUUACCUGUGAAUUGAAAUAAAAUAUAAUGGAUUUGCUCAUUACGAUUUGGAUUACUGAACUAGUUUAAAAUAUUAAAAUAAAGCCUGUGCAAAAUUAAAGACAAAAG